UCUCCUGCAAGAACAUGGUGCAGAAGUACCAGUCUCCUGUCCGCAUCUACAAGUACCCAUUUGAGCUGGUCAUGGCGGCCUACGAGAAGCGCUUCCCCACCUGCCCGCAGAUCCCCGUCUUCCUGGGCAGCGAGGUCCUGCGCGAGUCCCGCAGCGCGGACGGGGCGGUGCACGUGGUGGAGCGGAGCUGCAGGCUGCGCGUGGAGGCCCCGCGGCUGCUGCGCAAGAUUGCCGGCGUUGAGCACGUGGUCUUUGUGCAGAGAAACGUGUUGAACUGGAGGGAGAGGACCCUCCUCAUCGAAGCCCACAAUGAGACCUUCGCCAACCGCGUGGUGGUCAACGAGAGCUGCAGCUAUACCGUCCACCCUGAGAACGAAGAGUGGACUUGCUUUGAGCAGUCGGCCUCGCUUGACAUCCGGUCCUUCUUUGGCUUCGAAAGUGCCUUGGAGAAGAUCGCCAUGAAGCAGUACACAGCGAAUGUCAAGAGGGGGAAGGAGGUGAUUGAGCAUUACCUGAACGAGCUCAUCUCCCAAGGCACCUCUCACGUUCCCCGGUGGACGCCUGCCCCCGUCAGAGAGGAAGACGCCCGCUCCCAGGCUGGGCUGAGGGAUCCGGGCUCCCUGGAGGCCGACGGGCCCAGCGGCCCUCCUGCCCCUGCUCCUGAGAUGAUGGUUACAGACGGGGACAAACUAGAUGCAGACUACAUCGAACAGUGCCUGGGCCAUCUCACGCCCAUGCAGGAGAGCUGCCUCAUCCAGCUUCGACACUGGCUGCAGGAUACCCACAAAGGCAAGAUUCCGAAAGAUGAGCACAUCCUCCGGUUCCUUCGGGCCCGUGACUUCCACCUGGACAAGGCCCGGGAGAUGCUGCGCCAGUCCCUGAGCUGGCGGAAGCAGCACCAGGUGGAUCUCCUCCUUCAGACCUGGCGGCCCCCUGCUCUCCUGGAGGAAUUCUACGCGGGGGGCUGGCAUUACCAGGACAUAGACGGCCGCCCUCUCUAUAUCCUGCGCCUGGGCCACAUGGACACCAAGGGUUUGAUGAAGGCUGUGGGGGAGGAGGCGCUGCUGAAGCACGUUCUUUCCGUCAACGAGGAAGGACAGAAGAGAUGCGAAGGGAACACAAAGCAGUUUGGCCAUCCCAUCAGCUCCUGGACCUGCCUGGUGGACCUGGAGGGUCUCAACAUGCGGCACCUUUGGCGGCCGGGGGUGAAGGCCCUGCUGCGGAUGAUUGAGGUGGUCGAGGACAACUACCCUGAGACCCUGGGCCGGCUGCUCAUCGUGCGAGCCCCCCGCGUCUUCCCCGUGCUCUGGACGCUGAUCAGCCCCUUCAUCAAUGAGAACACGAGGCAGAAGUUCCUGAUCUACAGUGGCAGCAAUUACCAGGGCCCAGGAGGCCUCGUGGACUACUUAGAUAGAGAAGUGAUCCCCGACUUCCUAGGGGGAGAGUGUGUGUGCAAUGUCCCCGAAGGAGGGCUGGUCCCCAAAUCCCUCUACCUUACAGAAGAGGAGCAGGAGCACACGGACCAGCUGCGGCAGUGGAGGGAGACCUACCAGUCGGCCAGCGUGCUCCGAGGGGCCCCCCAUGAGGUUGCCGUGGAGAUUCUGGAGGGCGAGUCAGUCAUCACCUGGGACUUUGACAUCCUGAGAGGGGACGUGGUGUUCAGCCUGUACCACAGCAAGCAGGUGCCCAGGCCUGGACCCCAGGAGCCUGGGGCCAGGGCCGGCGGGCAGCUGACAGACAAAGGCUGGGUCCUAGGUGUGGAUUACAGCCGCGUGGAGGCCCCCCUUGUCUGCCGGGAAGGGGAGAGCAUCCAGGGCUCCCAUGUGACCCGCUGGCCUGGCACCUACUUGCUCCAGUGGCAAAUGCACAGCCCCCCGGGCAAUGUGGCCUGCAGCCUCCCAGGCGUGGAGGACGUCCUCACGGCCCUGCACAGCCCUGGCCCCAAGUGCAAACUCCUCUACUACUAUGAGGUGCUGGCGUCUGAGGACUUCAGGGGCUCCAUGUCCAGCCUGGAAUCCUGUACCAGCGGCUUCUCCCAGCUCAGCGCCACCACCUCCUCCUCUUCUGGCCAAUCCCACAGCAGCUCCCUGGUCUCCAGAUAGCUAGGACUGAGCCCUGUGGAGCAGCCCGCUCGCCUCCCACAUUUCAAGUGCCCGUGAGGUCUGGGACCAUGUGGGCUGCAGCCCUGGGUCUGGACACUAAGUUGGGGCAUCUGGAGCCAGAGGCAGUGAUCCAGCUCAUGCCCUCUUCAGGAUGCAAGGACAGAACCAUCUCCUUUGAGCUUUAUGUAAGAAAAAGCCAAGGAGUGGGUCAGCCAGCUUUGGGUCUGCCUGGUCUGGGAGCUCAGGGAUGUCAUCAAGCUCAGCACCUCCUUCCACCUCUGGCUCUGCUUUCCCUGGGGCAGCCUCCUCCUCAGGUGCCCUCCCCACUCGGAGGGCCCCAUCACCAUUAGGCUCCCUCCCUUCCCCCAGCUCAGUUGUGGAAGAGAACCUCUCUCCCCCAAAGUUCCAUCCAACCUCCCAGAAUUGAGUCAAAUCGGCCCGCCUGGGCCCCACACUGGUCCCUGAACCAGUCACAGUUGCAAGGGGAACAGAGAACACAGACUGGUCAGCAGGGUCCUGUGUCCCAUCUGGACCAAUCAUGAUACAGGGAUGGGGUUUCAGUGAUUGGCCUGCCUGGACUACAUGCCUGCUCCUGAAGCCAGACCACCUGGCUUGAAAAUCACAAGGGGGUUGCCUCUAGGAACACUAGGGUACCCGACGAGAACAGGGAAAGAAUUCUGGGUAGGCAGAAAUGAUCGGCUUUCACCUCUGAUUCCAUAGCGAUGCCCUGUGUCCCAAGACAUGCAUGGUGAGCAGUUAUAUGAGUUACAGGCUCCACUUUCUGUGGGGAGCAGCUCACCCUGGAUCUGAAAUCCAUUUUCCCGGAGCUUGGCUAGGAAGGAAACCUGAGCACCGCUGAACUGAGGACGGUGGAGAGGCCCAGGCAGUGAUGAAGCGGCUCUGGCUGCCAUUAAACUCUCCUGGAGGCCCUUUUCUUUCCUUGAAGCAGUUUAAUUAUGACUUUUUUGGUUGUAAGUCACAGCGAGCCCCACAAAAGGGUAACCAGUCAUGAGCACACGUAACUGGCCAGACCAGAAUCUCUUGCUUCAGGUAAGGCUGGAUCCAGGAUCUCAACAUUGCAUCAGAGUCCCCUAUGGGGAGGAGGACAUUGUGACUUUGUUGUGUCUGCCCUAGGGCAAGUCUGACCCCUGGCACCAGCAGCUCUUGAUAGACUUUCCCUGAGUUCAUGUAUGGGAGAGUUUUGGGUAUCCUUGGGGCUUGAGGACACUUCUCCUUUCUUUUCCUGGGCUCCAAAAAAAGGUAACGAGCCAGAGGUUACCAGUCAGCAGACUGUAGUCAGAGAGGGCUUUUGUUUUUGCCUAAAGAGAGACUGGAAAGUUGUAGCAUUUCACACAGAAAUCAGGGUGUCCAGCUUCCCUUAGGUAUUUGGUAGUGUUGGCAAAAUGGGGCCACUGCUGCCAUGUAAAGCAAAACAACUGUGUCCCCUGGGUGGGGGCCACCCCAGUCCUCACCCUCUAUCAACCUGGUCCCCAACACUCAUUCACAUUAUCAGCCUAGGAGGGACCACACUGGCAUGGCUCCCUCAGCAGCUGGGUGGCCAAUCUGGGGCUGACUGACUCCGUGUUACUCUUCUCAUGGAGCCUUGCUUACAGCUGGGGAUCAUCUGUGGGCAACACCUGGCCUAGGGGGUGGGCUUACAACCAUGGGGUCCAUGCCUCCAUGCAGUCUCAGCGUGACAGGGCAAAGAGCAAGGACUGAGACACCCUCCUCCCUGCAGGGAGGGGGUCUCACCCACCUCCGUUCGCUCCUCAGGUAUAGGAACAACUCCCAGAACUGCAUCCUGCAUCCAGGUGCAUGUGCACGUGAGGGAAAGAGGCAGGGGGAGAUUGGAGACAUUCUCAAAGCUAAUUGCUCCCAUGCCACCAGGCAUUUAUCACUGAGGAAUCUGUGAUUUUCACCUGUCUGAUGAAUUCCUAGCUUGCCUCUAAAACCCAGGUGCACCCUAGAAGCAUUUUCAGGUAGGCUACCCUGUCACUCCCCGCACAUUAACUGUCUAGGGAUAGCACCAGGGAAGGAUGGAGAAGCCUUUCCUUGACUUGGGGUUAUACGUGGCUUGACAACUGUUAUUUGGAUCUGCUGUGAGCAGUCCAGCCCUGACAAAAGGGAUGGGACUCAGACCCUCUCAUUUCUCCCCCUGAGAGCUCUUUCUUUCUCCCUUGGGAAAGCUGCAGCUCAAACUUCUUAAGCCAACAAAGGGAAUUUUCCCUGGGUCCUGUAACUGGGAUGGCUAAGGGUGGUCUUGCUGCAGGUAUGGCUGGAUCCAGGAGCCCAGUGUCCUCAGGCGCACAUGUUCAUCCUCUCGACCUCACCCAGGCCUCCUGGCUCUCUAUCUCUUCUCACAUUGGCCCCAUCCUCUCUUCCACCUGGUGGGAAAGGUGGCUGCAGCAGCCGCAGCCUACAACCACAGGGCUCGCAAUCUCUAAGGCUGAGAGAGACAUUCUUUUUCCGACCCAUCCCACAGAAGGCUCUGACUGGCCCUGUUCCAGCCUAGUACUUGCUCCUGUGGAUGUACCAGCCAUGGGGCUGGGGGUCCUGUGAUUGACAUUUCCUCCAGAAGCAACAACAGGAUAGGGGAGGGGAGGGCACCCCAGGAAAAGGGGAGCUGGGCCACAGAAGCAGCACACGGCCACGGCAGCAUCUGCUGCAGUCCCCUUCACUUGCUGGAGGUCUCUGGGGUCCAUGCCAGAGCGACAUCAAUCACCGGGUUUCUCCUACAUUUGGGAGGCUUGAAAUUAAAAAUCUAAGGAAGGGCUGCUGAGUUCCUGACCUCUGUGUUUCCCUAGACCCCAGGGCUAGAAGCUCCUUGGCUCGCUUCUUUCUCUAUCUUGUUCAUUAACCCAUGGUGAGCAGGACAGAAACAACCCACUAGCAAUAGGACCCUGCUCACGCACUGUGUUUAGAAGCCUGGGUCUUAAAAUUUAGACGUGGUGGGGUUCAAGCCCCAGCCUUCUUUUCAGUAGCUGUGUAACCUCCAGCAGGUGACUUAACUCCCCUGUGCCUCAGUUUCCUCAUCUGUAAAAUGGGGGACACGCCUACCUCAUUCACUGGGUUGUAGUAGGGCGAAUAAGAGCAGCUGUGGAGUCCGCAACCCAGUGCCCAGCACACAGGAAGCACAUGACAAACAUCAGAGGUUAUCCUGAUGAUUAAAGGCUUCUCAUUCAAACACUCCAGAUUCCUUCUUGAGGAUGCCUGCUUGGGACUGUUCUUCACAGGACAGAAGGCUCAGCACCAUGAGCAUCCGGAGGAAAGUGGGUGUCAGGAUAUUAUUUUCCUCUUACUUUCCCGUUUAGAAACUACUUGCGUUUUCUGGGCAAAUCCACUAAUCUGGAAGAGCAUCAUUUGGAGUAACAUUCCUCCAACUAGCUGGAGAAUGUUCUCUCUACAGGCUGAAAGAAGGGGAUUCUGAGACCUUUUUUCCCCCUCCCUGCACUCUGGAAUUGCUUCUCCUGUGAAACAAAUCAUUCGAUGAGACUACUUUAAUUCUGUUCCACACACUCUGUUUCAGCCAGGAAAACAUGAUGUUCCUUGUUUGCCUGAUCAUUUGCUCCACACAAAGGCAU